GCAUGACAAGCUUCCGAGUGACAGCUGUGGAAAAUAAAACAUCCUUCUUUCGAUAUGAAUCUAUUGGUAAUCACUAUGUGCGCCUUCGUGGCAGUGGCAAUCGCCGCCCCUGUUGACAAUGUCAGCCCAGUCCCCAUCGUUAAGCAAGCCUUGGACGGACCCAACCCCGACGGAUCCUACAAUUACAACUACGAAACUGGUAACGGCAUUCAAGUCCAGGAGGAGGGUCAUCUUAACAACGCUGGUACCGACAACGAGGCCCUGGAGGCACAUGGCAGCUUCAGCUUUACUGACGCCACUGGCCAAACCUACCAAAUCUCGUACGUAGCCAACGAAAAUGGGUUUCAGCCAGAAGGUGCUCACUUGCCGACCGCGCCUCCAGUGCCACCUCAAAUUCUAAAGGCCCUUCAGUACAUCGCCGAACACCCCGAGGAAAACGAAAAGCUAUAAAGGAUUCCGAAAAACACUCUAUAGCGGAAGAAGAAUAAAAUCGAUGAAUUAAAAGCAAAUUUCAAGGAGACGAAGUGGUCGGAAGAAGUCUGGUACGCGAAUCGUGAUUGUAAAGAGAAUUGACGGGUAUUCGAUCUCGAUAUAAAGUGGCAACAAACGCGGCUCUUCGCGUUGUGAUUAUUUUUGUAUUUAUAUUCGCCUAUAUAAUAAAAAAAAUUUUUUAUACAAUAUUUAUA